AUGCCCUUGGAAGCGAAAGAAAUUGAGCUCAAGGCGAAGGCCUUGACGAAGGCCGCUACUCAGAAUGAACCAGCAGCCAACAUUGUGUCCUUGCUUAAAGAGCUCCAGCAAGGUGUGAAAGCGACGGAGGAUCUGCUGCGGUCCACCCGUGUGGGAAUCAUCGUCAACAAGUUCAAACAGCACAAGUCGCCCGAGGUCUCCCGCUUAUCCAGUGAAAUCGUGUCCAGGUGGCGGACUGAAGUCAACAAGCAGAAGGCGAGUGGAUCACCCGCGCCCAGCCAGCGUUCAAGCAACUCGCCGCGCCCAGCCCAGAACGGAACCGCUUCACCUGCUGGUACGACGCCUACCGACAAGGCUUCCAAAUUAUCGGUUGCCCCGGAUAAACGUACAUGGAAGGCAGAUGGUGUGGAUGUCAACCAGACAGGAAAUAAGAUUCGGGAUAGUUGCAUUGGGCUGAUGUAUGAUGGACUCUGUCUGAACUCGACGGAAGCUCCACGUAAUGUUCUCUCCAAGGCGUCGGCCGUGGAGGCCGCAGCAUACAAGUCCUUGGGCCCCGAGACCAAAGCGCAGUACCGCACCAAGAUCCGCAGUUUAUUCCAAAACCUCAAGAACAAAUCGAAUCCGACUCUCCGCGUCCGUGUUCUCAGCAGCGACGUGACCCCCGAGCAGUUCGUGCGCAUGUCCCACGACGAGCUGCGCUCGGACGAACAGCGCGAGAAGGACGCAAAGAUCCAGAAGGAGAACAUGGACAAGGCAAUGGUCGCCCAAGCAGAGCGCAGUAUCAGUACCAGUCUGCAGUGCGGCAAGUGCGGACAGCGCAAAGUCACAUAUACCGAGGCGCAGACGCGCAGUGCAGACGAACCGAUGACUCUGUUCUGUACUUGUCUGAACUGCGGAAAGUCCUGGAAGCAGUAA